AUGCACUUGCUGUCCAAUCCUUCUACCCAUACCAACAGCGAUGACCUCAAACAAUUUUCUGAUUGGCUACUAGACAUAGGCGAUGGCAAACUUGGAGAACCUAACGAUGGAUAUGACGAAAUCACCAUCCCAGAUGAGUUUCUUAUAAUGGAAUUUGAUGAUCCUAUCCAGGCAAUAGUUGACGCAACAUAUCCAGACUUAUUACAAAACUACAGCAACAGAGAUUUCUUGCAAAAGAGAGUUGUUCUAGCCUCUGCAAAAGAUGUUGUUGACAAAAUAAAUGACUAUAUCCUAUCUUUGAUUCCCAGUGAGGAGAAAGAGUAUUGUAGUGCUGAUAGUGUUGACAAAUCUAAUGAACUACUCAAUCCUGCUUUUGGAGUACUAACACCUGAGUUUCUGAACUCAUUGAAAACAUCAGGAAUACCUAAUCACAAGCUAAGAAUCAAGGUUGGCACUCAUAUCAUACUACUACAAAAUUUGGACCAGGCAGAUGGGUUAUGCAAUGGAACUAGGCUUAUUAUGACCAGACUUGGUUCAAAUGUAGUUGAAGCAGAGGUAAUUACUGGACCCAAUAUAGGUCAUAGGACAUACAUACCAUGA